AUGUAUGCAAGUGGAAAUACCCCCGAAACUCAUAGUGAUGAGAUUUCAGCAUUUACUCCGAUACCAGAAUCGGAAUUGAGAAAAGUACUUAGAGCUCUUAGAAAGGCAAGGGGAGAUAAGAAUGUAAAAAUCAAGAAAGAACCGGAGAUGGAUAUGGAAAUGGAAAAGGAUUCCGGUGAUGGAUUAGAUGAGAAAUCAUCAAAUGUUAUCGGGUAUAAUUAUAUUGAUACUACUGGGGUCAAUGAAGAUAUAUGUCAUAUUUGUGGUGGUGAUGAUGGUCAACUAGUUUGUUGCGAUGGUUGCCCUGCAACAUUUCAUUUGAGCUGCCUUCAAAUCCAAAAGUUGCCUUCUGAUCGAUGGUACUGUAUGUACUGUUCUUGCAAAUUUUGUGGAGGUGUUGUGUUUGAUUUGCAAAGUUGUAUUCCUGAUUGGAUAUUGUCAUGUUGCUUGUGCGAUGACAAAUUCCAUAAAGCGUGCGGACAAACAAAUGUUGCAAAAAUAGACUAUGGUGAUCUAUUUCUCUGUGGAAAGACAUGUCUUGAGAUCUAUGCGAGAUUGCAGGCGAUGCUUGGGGUCAAGAUUGGAAUUCGAGAAGGAUUUUCCUUCACUCUUCUUAAGCGUAGCGAGGAUCGAGAGACUGAUAUCAAAAAGAUCAAAUGCAGUAGUUACAAAUUGGCUGUUGCACUUUCGGUUAUGAAUGAGUGCUUCCAUCCUGUUGUUGACACCAGAAGUGGAGUUGACAUAAUCCGCAAUGUAGUAUACAACUGCGGGUCAAACUUCAAACGACUGAAUCAUGGUGGUUUUUUCACAGCAAUCAUGGAGAAGGACGAUGAAGUGAUAUCCGUAGCAUCGAUACGGGUUCAUGGGAAGAUGCUUGCAGAAAUGCCUUUUAUCGGCACACGUAAAGUCUAUAGGGGGCAAGGAAUGUGUCGCCGCCUACUACAUUCGAUUGAAUCCAUACGUUCUGAUAUCUUUCAAUUCUCUAUUCUCUUGGUGUUGAGGAGCUGGUCAUUCCAGCAAAUCCUGAUCUUUUAG